UUCAAGACAUCCAGCUGGAAGAGCAUCUCGGCGAGAAGGCUGGGAUUUCUGCGUGGGUCAUCCACAACGAGCCUAGAACUGCCUGGGCGGAAAAAAGGGGGUCAAAUCAGCCCCUCUCGGGGACAAAAUCCACACUCCUCCCUCCCUCCCUCCCCCCCACCUCCCCUUCUGCCUUCUCCAGUUGCACAAACAAACGGCGAUGAUUUCGGACCCUCGGAGGAGGGCGAAAUCCGCAAAAUUGCUGUGAGUGUGUGCGUGCUUUUAGUGCGGGAACAACGUGCUGGAUGAUUACCCCGAGGGAUUCUAGUCUUCAACCGCCCGGAUUCUGCUCUCGGAAUUGAUUGUACUCCUCACCUACACACCAGGGACAACUGACCAUUAACCCAGCAACUCCAGCGCCUUUGGGAUGUGGGAGAAACCGCGGAGCAGUUAGCAGGAUGCUGUUGGAGCUCGGGGCGUCGGAGUUCUGCCAUCCCCUGUAACGAGUUUGUACGUUCUUCCCGUGAGCGCGUGGCUUUCAACCGCAGCCGCUAAAACCAGCCUGAACAACUACAUGUCUGCAGAGCCUCAGGUCUGCAUUUCUUCAUCUUUUCCCGGAUCUGCAAGUCGGGAUUAGGAAACCGGGAACGAUGGUCAUCGUUGAGCACAUUGAAGAAACCCGCGUUGUUCGGCUGCCUGACGACGAGGAUGAGGACAAAGAGGAGAGGGUUCUGGCGAUGCUGGGUAUCAGUGGGACCGUCCUCAACCUGUUGGUCAUUAUAUUUGUCUACAUUUACACCACCCUGUAGGGUGCAGGGGUGGGCCGCCCCCUUCCCACCUCCACGAAGACCGACACUCCGGUAGGGAACUCUGAGGGGCCCUGACGCCAGGUUGACGGGCAGCCUGGGCCUCGGGAGGCUCCUCUCCGGGACGAUGAUGGGGGGCUGUGUCAGGGGCCCCGGCUGCCCUCCGCCGGUGGGCGAGAAAACCUUCACCGGGACGAAAGCACAACGCGGCGGACCCUCCGGUAAGGGUCAGGGGCCAAGCUGGCGGUCGGUCCACCCUUGCGGACCAGUGAGGAGGGCCAGAGUGACCCCGGGCCCGUGGCCGAGGGCAGCAGGUGGACACGGGCCUUGUGGAGAGCCCCGAUAAGGAGCCACAGCCGACCGUUGAUUCACUCCCGUAACGUGGCCUGGCCCGCUGAGUUCCUCCAGCAUCGCGUGUGUUGUGGAAAAGAGGGAAUUCCACCCCCAGCAGGGAGGGUAUGUUUAUCGGACAGAAUAUACCUCCAAAUGUGUGUCACUCGCUCCCUUGCCCUGGAGCGUCAGCCUUAGUUUUUGUCUUCGCAAUUCCCUGGACCAGGCGUCAAAUGCAGCCGCAACAGGGGAGUUCGUGAGAUGGGGUACCGGAGGCAGUGGGACAAAAUCACAAAAAGUUAUUCACACAAAGAUGCAGAAAAUAUAAACAUAAAGCGAACAUUCACAAAUUCACCCCCCACUGUACCCAUUGUGACCUCUCCAGGCACAAACGUAUCCCUGGCAGAUAAAAGCGAGGUGCAGCACCUUGACAGUGUUGCUGAGCAGAGAGAUCUUGCGACCCAAGUUCAUAGCUCUUUGAAAGAGGCCACACAAUAAGGUGGUUAGGAAGGCCUGAUUUUACUAGUGGAGGCGCUUUGUUCAAAAGUUAAGACUUUAUGUUGCAACUUUAUAAAACCCUGGUGAGGCCACAGCCAGACUAUUGCGUACAGCUCUGGUUGCCCCACUACGGGAAGGAUGUAGAGGCUGCAGAAGAGGUUGCUGCCUGGUUUAGAGGGCAUGUGCUAAACUUGGGCUGCUUUCUCUGGCUCGCUGGGCUCUGAGGGGAGAUCUGAGAGUCUUGUAAGAUUAUGAGAGGCACAGACAGUGGACAGGGAGUAUCCACUGUCCCAGGGUGAAAUGCCUAAUACCAGAGGGCAUGCUUUGACGGUGAGAGGGGGUGGGUUCAAGGGGGAUGUGAGGGUAAGUUCUUUCCCCGGAAUGCGCUGCCUGGUAUGGGCGUUACAUUGAGGAAAGCAAGAUGGAGGAAUACGGACAUAGGGAUUAGUGUUUGGGAGUUUUAGAUGAGCUUUUCAGUCGUUUCAGCACAAGACUGUGGGCCGAAUGGCCUGCUCUUGCGCUGUCCUGCUCGUCGCCUGUCUUGGCCAGGCCCGGGAGCAAACUCACCAGUGGAUCCUCCGGUAAUGCAACCAGAACCUAAUCUAGUGACUCCUCCCGGCCGAUGUGUUGUCCCCGACCCCGCUUGGAAAGGUUGGCGAUCUCACGCGCCCUCCGGUGGCAAUGGAUGCCCCUGCAGCACGGCGGCAUCAAAAGAAGUUCAGACAUCCUUAAACUGUCUCAAUCAGCACCCCGGGCAGCGCGUUCCACCCACCUACCCCGCUCCGUGUGUAAAAAAAACUUACCUCUGACGUCCCCCAAUAUGUUCUCCAGACACCUUAAACUCUUGCCGCUUCGUCUGAUCUGUCAGAAAAUGUCAAGACACCACCCACCCCUGCUUUCUUGGCCGACAAAGUAUGAAAAGUGCGUUUCUCACCGAAAAUUGAAAGGCCUAGAUAGAGUGGGGGUGUCUGGGACCAAAAGGCACAGCCUCAGAAGAGAUGGACGUCCUAUGAGUACAGAAAAGAGGAGGGAUUUCUUUAGCCAGAGAGCAGUAAAUCUUUGGAAUUCAUUGCCACAGAUAGCUGAGGAGGCCAUUUAGUAUAUUUAAGUAGAGGUUGUUAAAUUCUUGAUCAGAGGUCACGGGGGGGGGGGGGGGGAAGGCAGGAAAAUGGGGUUGAGAGGGAAAAUUAUAUCAGCCAUGAUGGACCACACUUGAUGGGCUGAAUGGCCUAGUUCUGCUCCUAUGUCUUAACAUUGAAAGCUGCCUUUGUGUGACAUGGCGUUGGGGAGGGAGAGGGAAUAUUGUUCUCCUGGAGAUGAGAAACAUGUUUAUUGUUAUUAGCAGAUUGUUCACCUGUUUUGUCUCCCCUCGUUUGAGCAGUGAAUAGGCAAUGAGUGCCACAGCAACCACUGGCAUCCCUCCUCCUUCUGUUCUCCCAUGAUCCACUCUCCACUCCUAUCCAAUUCCUUCUUAUUCAUCCCUUUAUCUUCCUCACCUUCCAGUUUGUACUCCUUCCCCUCCUCGCACCCUCUUUUUCUGACUUCCUCUCUCUUCCUUGCCAGCCCUGAUAAAGAGUUGACUGUGUAUUCAUUUCCAAGAUGUUUCCUGACUGCCAAGAAUUUUGUGAGUAACUGGGAGCUUCAUGGCUAGCAUGGGUGCAGUGGGCUGAAGGGCCUAUUUUCAGUAUCACUCAAUGGAAUAGGCAGUCAAGACCACCUCAUUAGUUACACCCGUACACCUGCUCGUUAAUGCAAAUAUCUAAUCAGCCAAUCACGUGCCAGCAUCUCAAUGCAUAGAAGCAUGCAGACAAGGUCAAGAGGUUCAGUUGUUGUUCGGACCAAACAUCAGAAUGGGGAUGAAAUGUGAUCAGAGUGACUUUGACCGCGGAGUGAUUGUUGGUGCCAGAUGGGGUGGUCUGAGUAUCUCAGAAACUGCUGAUCUCCUGGGAUUUUUACACACAACGGUCUCUAGAGUUUACAGAGAAUGGUGUGAACAACAAAAAAUCAAUCCAAUGAGCGGAGUUCAGGGGCAGAAACACCUUGCUAACGAGAGAGGAGAAUGACCAGACUGGUUCAAGCUCAUGGGAAGGUGACAGUGAGUCAAGAAACCACCUGUUAGAGCAGUGGUGUGCAGAAAGGCAUCUCUGAAUGCGGAAAGCAUUGCAGCUUGAAGUGGAUGUGCUAAAGCAACACACGCGCACACUCUCAGUGCCACUUUGCUUAGUAGAGGAGGGACCGAAUAAAGUGGCCACUGAGUGCCUCUAUCAAAUCACGCUCGUAAACACACCACAUCCAGCUUCCUCUGAUCUCUCCUGUCACUGAGACAUUCUCUUCAUUUUAUUUCAACCAUUCAUCUGAACCAAGUUCUCCAAUGAACAAGCAGCAGGUGUAGAGGAAAGUUAAUUUCACUCCCCAUCUGAAAAAGGGAGCAGUUCAUUUCUGAUGGUGUUGCUGAAAGAUAUCUAUCACACUUCUACUUUGAUAAAUGUAGGAAUUUUAAAAUAUUUUAUUUGGGUAUGAAAACCUGAAUUCAACACCCAGAGUAGAUGUGGAAAGGAAUUUUCCGAUGGUGGGAGAGUCUCGGACAAGAGGGCACAGCCCCAGGAUAGAGGGGCGCCCUUUCAAAGUAGAGAAGCGGAUAAAUUCCUUCAGACAGAGAGGGUGGUGAAUUUGUGGGAUUUAUUACCACGGGCAGCUGUGGAGGCCGGGUCGUUGGGUGUAUUCAAGGCAGAGAUUGAUCGGUUCUUGAUUGGAAAUGGCAUCAAAGGUUACAGGGAAAAGGCUGGGAAAUAGGGUUGAGGAGGGGAUUAAUAAAAGAAUCAGCCAAGAUUGAAUGGCGGAGCAGACUCGGUGGGCCAGAUGGCCUAAUUCUGCCUCCAUGUCUUAUGGUCUAAUUCACACGAAAUUCUGCGGUUACUGAAAUCUUGAGCAAGGCACACAAAUUCCUGGAGGAACUAAGCAAGUAAGGCAGCCUAUGGAGGGAAAUGAACAGUCAACGUUUCUAUAGUAUACAGAGACCCAUUGCCUCUCAUCUGGUCUCUCAGGGUGAUUCAAACAAAGUGUUCGAAGGGAUUCCAGGCUGGAAUGAUGGAGAAUGAUGGAUGUGGAAGAGUUUUGAGGAAGUUAUGGGCCUUUGGGAAGAUUGUACCAAUGUGUACAAUGUGUGUACGGGUUACUGUGGUUGAUAUUCACAUGAACAUUACUUGUGUGCAACACGAGUUUCUGCAGAUGCUGGAAAUAUUGAACAGCACUCAUACAAAAUGCUGAAGGAACUCAGCAAGUCGGGGGAGAGGAAUGAACAGUCGAUGUUUCAGGACUGGAAAUGAUGGUGAACCCCGGUUUCUGUUUUGUUCCUUUCCAGUCCUGAAGGGUCUCGGCCUGAAAUGCCAACUGUUCAAUUCUCUCCAUAGAUGCUGCCUGAUCCUCUGAGUUCCUCCAGCAUCUUGUGUGUGUUACUCAUUACAGAAUUCCCCAAUUGACAUCUUUCCAAGAGGUGGGUGACCAAGCAAUCCACACUAGGCCUCACCACUUCAAUAUAACAUUCCAACUCCUGUACUCAGUACUUUGAUUUAUAAAGGUCAAUGUGCCAAAAGCUUUCUUUAUCUCCUUAUUUACCUGUGCCACCACUUUCAAUGAACUAUGGAGGUGCAUUCCCAGAUCCCUAUGUUCUGCUGCACCCCUCAAUGCCCUACUAUUUACUGUAUAAGACAUAGCCUAGCUUGCCCCCCCAAGGUUCAACACCUCACAUUGUCUGCAUUAAAUUCCAUAUGAUACUCCUCAGCCCGUUUCCCAGUGGGUUGAGCUCACAUGUGGCCACCUUCACCCACAGACAGCCAAUGCCUUAAGGGUGGGAGAGGAAAUUUUUAAGGAAGGGAACUAACCUUAGGAAGCAGGGGAAAACAGCGUCUUUGAACUUGAAAUUGCUGCUGUGAUUUUAGUGGAGACAAGAGAUUCUGCAGAAGCCAGGAAUCUGGAGCAACACACAAAACGCUGGAGCAAUUCCACGGGUCAGGCAGCAUCGAUGGGGGGAAGUAGACAGCUUUUUUUGGUCCAACCUGAAACAUCAACUGUCCACUCUCUCCAUAGAGGCAGCCUGACUUGCUCCAGCGUUCUGCAUGUUACUGAGGGUUGGACGCUAAAGAUAGUGAAGAGCAGUGUGUUAUGUGCCAAGUCUUUCCAUUGUUUGUGUGUUGCAUCAAGAGUGCACAAGGGAGCAGCACAGUGCAAUAAAUAGAAAGAUUACUAUCAGUUACAAUGAGAACCAUGAUAGUGCAAAAAGAGCAAAACAAUGAGAUGGUGUUCAUGGGCCAUUCAGCAAUCUGAUGUCGGCAGGGAAGAAGCUGUUUCUAAAAUGUUGAGUGUGGGUCUGUGGGCUUGUGCAUCUCCUCUCUGUUGGAAGUAAUGAGAAAGGAGCAUGACCCAGACUGCGAGUCUUUCGUGGCAGAUUCUGCUUUCUUGAGGCAUAGCCUUUUGAAGAUGUGCUCGGUGGCGAGGAGGAUUCAGCCCAUGAUGGAGCUGAGUUUACAACCUUCUACAUUCCCAAACUGAGGUCCAUGGACGUGUUGCCUAAUGCUAUUGAUCCAUGGCACAAGAGGUUUGAGAACCCCUGCUCUACAGUUUUUUCUGAUCCUGUGCAUUGGCACAUCCAUACCAGGAGUGAUAGCAACCAGCUAGAAUGCUGUCCACAGAAACUUGUUAGAGCCUGUGGUGAGAUACCAAAUCUCCUCAAACUCCUCAUGAAAUACAGUCACUGUCAUGCUGGCUUAUGAUUGCCUCAAUAUGUUGGGCCCAGGAUAGAUCUUCAGCGAUGUUCCACUGGAGAUUAUUGUUUUGAUUUUCCAUAAGGAAAAGGUGAGCAGUUGGGAUGUAAUGGGAGUGUGGAAAAACGAGGUCAUGUUACCAAGCAGAGAAUGGAUAGGAUGGGCACUGAGAUGUUUCUCCUGUUGGGGAAGUUUCAACAUAAGGAGUUGUCCACCUCAUGUGGAGACAAGGUGGGAUUUCCUCUCUUGAGGGUGGAGAACUUUUGAAAUACUCUAUCCAAGUCUAGUAUGAAUUCAGGGCCAAGAACAGGGGGCACAGAAGAACCUACAGAGGCCCACAGAAGUACCGGAGGAACUCAGGGUUGAGCAGCAUGUGUGUGUUGGCAGGGAGGAAUCUGCAGGAACGUUGACAUUUCAUCAGAUGUUCUCAAUCCACUGAGUUUCUCUAAGCAUUUCAUGGGAUCAGGAAGGGAAGCAGUGCCGAGACCAACAUCAGUCAGCCAUGAUCUUAUUGAAAGUGGAGCAGACUCAGCAGAAGGAAUGGACAUUUCUGCUCCUACCUUUACACCUAUAAAGCCAUGACUAACUUGGCCCUAUUCCCUUUGGUGGAGGAUGGAUUUGGUGGGGACAAAGUAGUCAGGUUAAGCUUGGGCUAUUUGGCUGGUGGAGCACCAGGUUUGGACAAUGGGGAGGAACAUGCUGAUGCUGAGGCUUUACGAGGCAUUGGUCUGACUGCAUGGAGUAUCGUGAACAGAUUUGGGCCCUUUAGCUAAGAAAGGACAUGAUGCCUUUGGAGAGGGUGCAGAGGAGGUUCACAAGGACAGUGCCAAACCUUCCCCCCCCCCCCCCCCCCCAUUAUGGGUGCCCUGCCACCCUGGAAGAUCACACCACGACUGGGUGCAGACAGAGUAACUGUCAACGAUGGGUCCAGGUGACUCCAUCCCAGUUGGCAUUCUUUAUCCUCGUUUGAGCUGGACGGGAUGGUGAGACAAAUCCCAAAUCAUAACAUUCCACAAAGCGCAGGUGCUAGGAAUCUGACAAAAGGAAGAAAUGUCAGAAACACUCAGUGUGUCGGGCAGCAGAGAUGGAGAGGGAAACGAUUCGGGUCAGAAUUGUUUAACGCAUUGGCUCUGUUGGAUUCACGGGUAACACGUCUGGAGGGAGGUGGGGGAGGUUAGUGCAGACAAGGAGAAGCCUCCAGCUCUGGGACUUAAUAAUGCUGAGAGCUGACAGCAUGGACUUCACUGGAGUGAGGGGUGGACACGGUACCAAUUCCAGCCACAGCCAAUCAGCCGCAUCACAGAACCAGAUGUUUGAGUGUAUUCUUCAAUUUUUCCAAAUAAAAUCAAUA